AUGUCUUCUCCUUUUGUUCCUAGUACACUCGCCGUGUACCAUAAUCUUUUAAUUUUAGAAGCUUCGUUUCGAAGAACCUAUUUACAGCUACGUGCUCGUCGACGAAACAUUGCAUACCCUUCGCGCUAUGUCCAACAGACAAACAAAGCUAUGCGUUUAUUUAACAUUCGACUCGUGAUUACGCCUGUCCCAUUUUUUCAAUUUCGAAAGCCUUUGGACCAGGGUGUUCAUCUCGUGUUGUCAAACAAGCGCUUUGACAUUCUUGUCAUUGAAGGCUGGGAGGCUUUUCGGACGGCUUACCUAACUUCCGAACAAAGACGUCAAAAGAGAAAAAGAAAAUUUCGCAAAUCAUCUGCGUCCCCUUUAGCAUCUGCAUCUACCGCCCCUUCUUUCCCAGUGACGCAAAAAUCAAAGAUAUCUUCACCUCAAUCUCAUAAUAAGAGAGAGACACUAGCAAACAGCCCACAGUCGAAUUCAUCUUCUGAAUACUCAUCACCAAAAAAGCCUACCUUUUCCCAAACUCAUUCUUCAGAUGGUUCGAAUUCUGAUUUGGCUCAUCUAUCUAGUCCCUCGUUUUAUGAGCGACCAGAGGUUCUGUUAAGAAAACGGUGA